CCAUUUUAAAUAAUUCAGACUUUGCAUGCAGAUUGUCUCUUUAUGUGUGCACAUACACAUCACUGUGCUAGAUAGAUAUUACUAUGGUUGUUAGCUUUGGAGUGUUGUCUUUCAAUUAUUUUUGAAGAUUUAAUGAAACAAUGGCAGCAACACAGCUUGGAUUCUUGCUUGUUUCAUUUUUUACAUGCUUCAGAAUAGAAGCACAAUAUGUCAUGCAAGAUCUUGAACUGGUGCAUUAUAUAGAUCGCCGAAUUAUCUCAAUGGAGAACCGACUGAACAAAUGCAAUCAAGAUAUAGCAGAUUAUGUGGAAGAAUUCCGGGAAUUUUCAAAGAAGCUGAUGUCACGUCUAGAAGGACUCAGUGUUUUAAAGAAUGAGCUAAAAAAUGAUGUAAACCAUUUGCUAACAAGAGUGGAAAGAGCUCAGAGAGAGAUUGACUACUUUGAAUCUGCAAAGGAGUCCCCCAGCCCAUGCAUGGACAUUGAUGAAGACCUUUUGGAGCAGCAGUUAACCGAAGAACGAGAGUCUAAAAAGAAAGUCAAGCUCAUGCUGAAUGCAAGUUGCAACUACAUGAUUACAGGCUUCAAAUCACUAAAAAUAGUCAAAAAGUCUGGAGACACAAAUGGCUCAUGGUUGAAAGACCCUGGCAAGAAUUACCAAAAGAUUUACUUCUUAACUGGAACGAAGAAUAAAAUUGUUAUGGAAUUUGCAAAUAUUCAGUCUUUUGCUGAAAGUGGUAAGAAACAUCUGGCUCGCAGAGUUGCACUACCAUUUCCCUGGCAAGGAACAGGCCAUGCUAUAUAUAAUGGCUUUCUGUUUUAUCAUCGAUAUGGCUCCUUAAAUGAGAUAAUUAAGUUUGAUAUUCAGAACAGAAGUGCCACUGAUCGGAUGCUGUUGUCGGGUGCUGGAGAGAUACCUGUCUAUGAACUUCACCCUUCUACUAAAAUAGACUUAGCUGUGGAUGAACUAGGAUUAUGGGCAAUCCAUGCAGAACCAGAUACUGCUAGAAAGCUUGUGAUUACUAAAAUCAACCAUGAAACUAUGACUGCGGAAUAUACAUGGGAUACAUCCUGCAGAAGCCAGAAUGCAGAAGCUGCUUUCAUGAUGUGUGGUGCCCUCUAUGUUGUAUACAAUUCACCAGGGGGUGGUGCCUCUCAAAUAGAGUGUAUUUAUGACACCUUAGAUGUCAUCAGUCCAUAUGAAAACCCACUGCUUCGUUUCCCCAAACGUCAGUCAAGUCACGCUAUGGUUCAUUAUUAUCACAGGGACAAGCAGCUCUUUGCCUGGGACAAUGGCUCCCAGGUCAUUUACAAGCUCCUGACAAGACAAAAACGUUAAAAUAGAACAGACUGUCCUCCACCCCAACCUAAAUAUUUGCAGUGGGUUUCAGGCAUUAACAGAUUUCUCCUCCUUCUCCUUCUCCUUCUCCUUCUCCUUCUCU